ACUCUAAUAGGAGGAGCUGCUCCCUCAUUCCCGAGUCUUCACAUUUAAGGGCACUCAAGCGGAGUAUAAACACAAGAGAUUAUCCCUGCGAAUAGUCUGACAAUUUAGCAUCCGCAUUGAAAUACAAAUGGAUUAUAUGGGUUUUUAUUUUUAAAAACCAAACAACGGCGCGUCAGCUUUUCUGCGCACAGAUGAUUGGAUCUGGAAGUCCUGAAGAGAGCACCGAGGACAGAACCACGAUGUGAUCGUUUCUAUUUAAAAAAUGUUACGAAAUGCUUUGAACGAAGCGAGUUGGAACACAUUUUGGACACCAAUACUGUAUUGUCUGGCUAUAACGUCCGUAUCUAUGCGAAUCUGAGAGGAAAAGUUUGUAUCCAAUGCAGCGGAACAGCAGUCUGGUUUCCAUUUGGCUUCAGCUCGAGCUGUGCGCGAUGGCUGUUCUCCUCACUAAAGGAGAAAUACGGUGUUACUGUGAUGCUCCCCACUGUGUGGCCACCGGUUACAUGUGCAAAUCGGAGCUGAAUGCCUGCUUUACCCGCACCUUAGACCCUCCGAGCACCAAGUCUCUCUUAUCUCAUGGGUGUUACGACCCUCUGCUGAACUCUGGGAAAACAUGCCAUCCAGAGUCGACCUAUGAUGCCGUUCAUGGAUCUUCCACUCUUCAGUGUUGCCACGAGGAUAUGUGCAACUACAGAGGCCUGCAAGAUCUCACAUACAGAGGAAGUGCAAUUCAUGACAAACAUCGACAUCAAGCUGAAGGCAGCCGUCACGUGAUCGCACGUCUGCAGGAAAUCCCUUCCUCCAAGGAGGUUUGGUUUCGAGCCGCAGUCAUCACCGUACCCAUCGCCGGUGGCCUCAUCCUGGUCCUCCUCAUCAUGCUGGCCCUGCGGAUGCUUCGCAGCGAAAACCGCAGACUGCGACAGCAGCGACGAGAAAUGCUCUCUCGCCUUCACUACAGCUUUCACGGCCAACACCUCACCAAGGGUCAUGUGGCCAAACUGGACUUAGAGUGUAUGGUUCCAGUAGGAGGCCAUGAGAACUGCUGCUUGACCUGCGACAAGAUUCGACAGUCCGAUCGUAGCAGCCAGCGACUUCUAUCAUUGGUCAACUGGGGAAAAUACAGCGGCCGAGGCAAACUGGAGUUUGUGUGAUGACUUUAGCUUCUUUUUCCUGGGGCUUGUUUGACUAAAACUUAUUUCGACCCUGCAGACGAGAAGACUUGAAAGCGCUAACCAUAUGGUUGUCGCUCUAGAAGCACUUUACUUGAAUUAGAGACUUGAGGAGAAGACUGCUUGUAUUAUAGGCUGCGACGAGGAGUGGCUUCGUGCUGGUAUUCUUUAUGACCGAAGGAUUCCAAGAAAUAUAUUUUGGUUUUAACGUUUGCACUUUUUUGUAUAAAGAAACGACGGUUGAUUUGCUUUACUAGUGGUGUAAGACCAGCGUGUCAACUUUUUUUAGAAUAAACUAAAAUUUGCCAAAAUUGAAGGGGUACAACAGCUUGUUAAAGAUCUUGGUAUGUUAUUUACCCUUAAAAUGUUCAUAAUAGUUGAGGGUACAUACUCUUAAGCUACUAAUAUGGAGUUCUCAGGGGUAGAUAAGGUAUAAAAUCCCCAGUGAUAAGCUGUUGUACCCCAAAAAUUAAAAUUUUUGCAUUUUUUUUUCUAACAGUGAAGAAUGUCUGCUGGUGCGCGAAUGUGUGACUUUUCACUGUUAACGUUAUUGUUCACCCAAAAAAUUAAGUUCUGUCAUGAUUUACUCAAGCUUUUAUGAUUUCAGCUGUUUCAGUCUGUACAGUGGAAGUGAAUGGGGUCCAAAACGUUCAAGCUCCAAAAAGGAAGCAUAAAAAUAAUCCAUACAACUCUGGUAGUUUCAUUCACAUCUUCUGAAGCAAUAUGAUCACUUUAUAGGAUGGACAAGCACAAUUUAAGUGGUAAUUAUUCACAGAUCCAAUCGAAUAUGCCGACACAUUAGUACCAUCUUUGGUCAUUAUGUUAAGGAGAUUGAAAGUUUUGGACAUUAUGGACUUGACAUUAGAACUAAAAAACUUUCAAAAUCUUUUGUCUUCCACAGAGGAAAGAAAAUCAUACAAGUGUGGCAUGAUUACUUUUGUGUGAACUAGUCACCUCUGAUCUGCAUGUAGAUUUUGUUCACUGUAAAUAUGAGUCACUGUAAAUAUUAUAUGUUCAACAAGUAAUCAUUGUGGUGUUUUUCAUCUU